AUCCCAUUUAGCAGAGUGGUUAGAGCAGUUGAAGAAAUAACACCAGCUCCCUUCGGUACCCUUUCUCCCUUUAUCUUUUAAGAUGAGAAACUUGGUCUCUUUGAAAGGCAUGCUUCAUGCACAACCCAUUAUCCUAUUCCAAAAGCACUCUCCUUUUUCUCCCCCUCCUCUCACUAUGACAAGACAAUCAAAGCCCUGGAGACCUUUCACAACAAAUUGCUGUUCUGCUGAAGACCAGACAACUUUUAGAAACUUCAGUCGUUGCAGGCCGUCAAGGUCAGAGUUCUCUAAGAACAUCGCUCCGUUGCCUUCGUUUCGGAAGUUGUCGUACUCUGAUCUCAGUCGAUCUUCAUCGACACGCAUCAACGAAGAUCUUGCACAGUCUUUUGGGUCAGAGCUGUACGAUUUUCAGCUGAGCGAGCUGCGUGCCAUUACUCAGAAUUUCUCGAGCAACUUCUUGUUAGGAGAAGGGGGUUUUGGGACUGUCCAUAAGGGCUAUGCGGAUGAGAAUUUAAGGCAGGGUUUGAAGGCUCAGGCUGUUGCUGUGAAGCUUCUCGACAUUGAAGGCUUGCAAGGACACCGCGAAUGGCUUGCUGAGGUAAUAUUUCUGGGGCAGCUUAGACAUCCACAUCUUGUUAAACUGAUCGGAUAUUGUUGCGAGGAUGAAGAACGGCUUCUUGUAUACGAGUUCAUGCCACGAGGCAGCUUAGAGAAUCACUUAUUCAAAAGGAUUUCAAUAUCAUUGCCAUGGGGAACAAGAGUGAAGAUUGCAAUAGGAGCAGCCAAAGGACUUGCGUUCUUGCAUGGCGCUGAGCAGCCUGUCAUUUACCGCGACUUCAAAACUUCCAAUGUCUUGCUAGACUCUGAUUUUACAGCCAAAUUGUCAGAUUUCGGGCUUGCAAAGAUGGGGCCUGAGGGAUCUAAUACACACGUUACAACUCGAGUGAUGGGUACCUACGGCUAUGCUGCCCCAGAAUAUGUCUCGACAGGUCACUUGACUACAAAAAGCGAUGUUUACAGCUUCGGGGUGGUGCUGCUGGAACUUGUAACGGGAAGAAGAUCAAUGGACAAAUCAAGAGCAAAGAGUGAACAAAACCUCGUUGAUUGGGCCAAACCUUACCUGAGCAGUAGCCGAAGAUUGCGUUGUAUUAUUGACCCAAGACUUGCAGGUCAGUAUUCUGUGAAGGGAGCAAAGGAAAUGGCUCUUCUGUCAUUGCAGUGCAUAAGUUUGAACCCCAAAGAUAGGCCAAGGAUGCCUGCCGUUGUUGAAGGCCUUGAAAGGCUGCAGCAUUACAAGGACAUGGCAGUCACCUGUGGGCAAUGGCCAACAUCACCAAAAUCUACCAGAAGUGGAGUCUCUACAAAAUCGAAGAUGGAGAGCGCCAGAAGAGUUGGAAAUCAAAGGAAAUCGUCUCCUAUCACUCCCACUCGGAAAACAUGAUCAAUGAUAUCUCGAUCUAACGAAUGUGGCAAUUCCAAGUUCGUAUAUAGCAGUACUAUGGAUGCAUAUUAAGUGCGCACACUUUUAAGGGCAUGUCUAGGUUUCUAUGUAACAUGUGAAGGGCAUAUGGAGUGUAUGUGUACAGCCCCUUGAGAAUGUAAUAAAAUGUUCGUAUAAGAGUAACGCCAGAUAAAAGUGGAGUCGCAUUGAGUAGAUAAAUUUUCUCUAUAUUAUUGAAGUAAAUGAGUUUUGUUAUCUACAA